CGAGUCCUCAUGGAUACUACUUGAGUUCAUUACCACUGAGUCACAGUGGGAACUCCUUUGCUCAUUUUUUAAAUUGAUAUGCUUGUUUUCUCAUUGAGUUUCAAGAGUUCCUUGUAUAUUUUGGAUAACAGUCCUUUAUCAGAUAUGUCUAAUGAAAAUAUUUUCACCCACUCUGGUCUGUCUUCUCAUUCUCCUGACUGUGUCUUUCUUUGCACAUCAUUUUCCACUAUUAUAUUUGAAGGUACUUCAAAUAUAGGUGACCAGAAAUAAAAGCCUUUAUUGCUUCUAACCAUCCAAGGCUCUCAUACUCUGUAUCCAGUUAGUCAGCCAGCCCUGAUUUUUCUUUUGGCUGGUUAUCUCAAAUCUGGUGUUGCCUCUCUGUCUCAUUGUCACAUGUGUAUUCAGCCCACCUCUUCUCCUUUCUAAGGUCUGUCUGCUUUUGGUCUCUGCUUCCUCCCUUCAGUUCUUCCUGCUGCGAUUUAAGGGAGCUUUCUAAUAUAGAUGACUUACAAGGCCUUCAGUUUAGACUUCCAAGUUCCUUGACAUACAUAGUAAGUACCAGCCCCUCCAGAGGCUGGCUCUUGUUACUUUCCUGUCAUUUUCAGCUGUGUACUUACAAGUGCCUCUGUGCAGGGUGUUUUCUCUCUUCCAAUUAAGCUGUAUAAUUUCAGCCUAGACAUCACUUAGCUCAGGUGCUGUUCCUGGAACCCACCUUGGAUUGGAUGUCAUCUCUUCAUGUUCCCAUAGCAUUUUCUGCUUGGCACUGCUAUAACCCAUAUCCGCCUGAACUGUAAUCUUUCUCUACUAACUGUGCCUCCCCGGGUGGAUUGCAGUCCCUAUGAGGACUUUGCCUUGAUCACCCUUGUUUGUCUAGCGUUGAGCACUAUUUCUGGCCUGGAUGUAGUUGGUGCUCAGUAAAUAUUUGAGUGGCUGACUAAUACCUUCACACUAUCCUAAUAUGCUCUUCCAGCCUUAUCCUCCAGCAUUUUUUUCUUUGUCAUACCUGGUUAGACUGGAUUCUUUUUGUUUCUUGAACAGUCUCCAUUCUUUAACAUCUCUGUGCCUUUGCUCCUGACUGUACUGAAUUGCUCAGAUGUCUGUCUCUCCAACUCUAGGCACAUGACUUAACCUCUCCAAGCCUUAGUUUCUAUGACCAUGUGAACAGCUAUUAAGCAUAUUGCUUCCCCUUGCCCCAUUCCUAAUGCUGGAGCGGCAGUGUAGUUGAGUAAGAGCCGGAUCUGGAUAUGUCUCGCCUCUUACUUAUUUGUGUUUGUGACUUUAAGCUCCAUGAGAGCAGGGACACUGCCUACUGUUACAUUCAAAAGCACAUUGCCUAACACAUAGAAAGUGCUCAGAUGGUUAAUAAAAUUACUUGUUAAGUAAGUUACUUAAUUUCUUAGACUAUUACCACUCACAUUCUGGUAAGGGAAAAAAGCAGGAUUACAAACUGGGAAAUGUACUAUAAAGGAAUCAAAAGUGGUGAAGUAAAGAAUAAUGGUGGGAGGGAGACUUGCUGUAAGAAGAGAUGACAUUUAAGUUCUGUUGAAAGGUUAAGGAGCUAGUCCUUUGAAAGAGGAAAGGGAGAAUUUCUCAGACCAAAGGAGCUGCAGAGGUAAAGGCCCUAAGGCCCUAAGUCCCCUAGGGCUGAGAGAAGAACGUGUUGCUGGAGCGAAUGGAUGAGCGGGAGAGAUAGACAAGGAUCAGAUCCUGCAGAGGGAAGUAAGGAAUGUAAAUUUUAUUUUAAGGAUUCAGAGACACCAUCAGAAGGUUUUCAUAAAAGGAUCACAUGAUUUACUUUUAAGAUUGCUUUAGCUGUUUGGAGAAUAGAAUGAAUAGAAGGCCGUUUGUUUGAUCAGGAAGUACAGUAGUUGAUUGUGACCUGGAUUAAGGUGAUGGCAAUGCAGACGAAAAGUGGAUGGAUUUGAGAUGUAUUUUGGGGACAGAAUUAACAGGGCUUGCUGAUGGAUUUGAUAUGUAUUUUGGGGACAGAAUUAACAGGGCUUGCUGAUGGAUUAGAGAGGUGAGGGAAGGAGGGAAUUAGGUGGCUUCUGGCUUGAGCAACUGUGUGGAUCAUGGUGUUAUUUACCAAGAUGGGAAAAACUUGGGGGGUGGGUUGUGUGGAAAGCAAUACAACUCAAAGAAUAGAAGAAUAACAAUAAACUCAAAUUUCCGAUAUGCUGGAUUUUAAGUGUCUAUGAGACAUCCAAAAUGAUCCACUCAGGUAGAAGGAACAUCACCAAGCUAGAUGGGAGAUGCUAGAGCACGUUUGGGUGGUAGAAGGAAUGGCCCAAUAAAAAAAAGAGAGAUUGAUUGAUGCAAGAGAGUGGAAUAGUAGAGUGUGAGGUCUGAGAAGGUGAAGGGUCACUUCUUCCUUCUCAGGGAAAGGAAGAAGUAGUGAAUUCAGCAUUUGAUGGCUUCUUUUGUAUUUUCUAAAGGAAGCAUAGGUGAAGCCAUCAGCUGAGAGUAUUUAUAGCUAGUGAUUACUAUACUGUGGUGCGUUAAAGACAUAGUAGAGACACUGAGAAACUGGGUAGAAGGGAGGAGAGGAGGUUCUGUGAUGUGUUACCAGUGAUAACACCUGAUAAUUACUGUUCUCAGGAGAUUCUAGAAUACCUAGAGCAAUAGUAUUAUUUCCCCCCCCCCAUGUAAACUCUUUCUGUUGACCUAUAGGAUGACUAAAUAUAGAAAAGUGCUCAAAUUUUUUUUUUUUUCCUGCCUUUUAGGGCCACAUCCGCAGCAUAUAGAGGUUCGCAGGCUUGGGGUCGAAUCAGAGCUGCAGCUGCCAGCCUACACCACAGCCCCAGCAAGGCAGGAUCUGAGCUGAAUCUGUGACAUACACCACAGCUCACAGCAACACCAGAUCCUUAACUGAAUGAUCAAGGCCAGGGAUUGAACCCACGUCCUCAUGGAUGCUACUCGGGUUCAUUAUCGCUGGGCCACAAUGGGAACUCCCAGACUGUAUUCUUAUAAUUUUGCUUGGAGAGGUGAUCAGAUAAACUUUCUCAGCAUUAACUUUUAAAAUGCUAAAUUUAAGUUCGUGUAUGAAGUCACCAGCAAUUCAUUAGUAGGGAAGUGUGGGAACAAAAAUAAUGCACUAAAGUUAAAAAAAUUAAUUCUUUUUAAUUACCAAAGUAAAAUAUGUUUUAUUGACUAUUUGAGAAUUACAUACAGAAGUGCAGCCUCCACCUUCCCCAUGAUCAUUUAUAAUGUGAUAAUUGGAAAGUAACCAUUGUAGACAAUUUGGUGUAGUUUCUAGUCUUUGUGUUCUACAUUUUUUUGAGAUAGCCAUAGAUGUUUUGAUUUCUUUGAUCUGACUUGUAUCCUUGUAGGUAUUUUACCAUUAAAUGAUUACCACUUAUCAGUAACUAUACUUUGAACUGUUAUCACUCCAGAUGAUGAAGUUUGUGCUUAGAGUCUCUGUAUCCUUCAGUUCUUGAUAUUUUCUGUGCCAUAUUUUGUGUUCAGUGGUCCCAUCUCUGUUCUCUGUGGUUUCUGGUUCUAAAGUUGGCCCUCUCCCCUUCUCUUAUCCCUCACCUUGAAUCUUUAAACCAUGUUCAGUAAUUCGGAUACUCUUCCAGUUUUUUUCUGUCCCAUUACAUGGUAUGUACAUACAUGCGUAUAUGUGUAAAAACAGACAGCUAGAUCAAUGUCCAUAUUUACUUUUAACUCUCUCUUUUAACAUGAAUGGGAUUGUAAUAUAUUCAGUAGCUUGUUUUUCUUUCUCCUUGUUUAUAAACAGUUUGAUUCUUAUAUGUUAGUAAGUAUGAGUCUAUCUGAAUUAAAAGAAAAAAAAAGGCACCAUAGUAUUCUGUUGUGUGGAUCAAAAUUUAAUCACUUUAAGAUAGGGCUGUUUUCACUUUAUUUGGUAUUACAGAUAGGAUUGCUGUAGACAUUCAUAUAUACACAUCUUUUUGCCAACACCUUUUUAACAUCCUGUGAUGUAAAUCAUAGGAUAGAUCCUUUGGAAGAAAAAACUACUGGGUCAAAGAGUAUGCACACUCUAAAAUUUGACACAAACUACCAAAUCUUAUUAGCAGCCUUCACAGUGGGCAUUUCCAGCACUGUAGGAAAGUCUGUUUCUGCACAUCUUUGUCAAUAGUUGGAAUCAAAUCUUUGAAAACAAAUUUAUAUCUGUAAUUUAAGUAUUGCGUGCAGUUUGUGAAAUUUCUCAUACCACAUUUUUGAACUUUUUUCCUUUUAUUGAAAGAGUUCUGACAAUAAUUCAAAAUCAGAUAUUCCAUUAGCCUUGAUUUUUUUUUUUUAAAGAAAAACUCCCUGCCCCUCCUCUUCUGCACACUUUCAGAGGCAACUACUUUUACCUCUUUGAAAUGAUUACAUUCGUAUUUAUCUUGUCUCUAAAUAAUACGCUUCUAUUGUUACUUCCAGGUUUUGGUUUUAGACCUUAUUCCUUUUGUGGAUUCAGCUCCCUUUCCUGUCCCCAUCACAUCCUCUCCUAAUUUAAUAAUAUGAUUUUCUGUUUGCAUCAUUAUGACAGUAGAAGGUAUUCAUAAUUUGAGCGAUAUGGUAAAUUAUGGCUACUUUUUCCUCUGAACUAUUUAAUUCGUACUUGUAUAAUUUGCCUUGUAGUUAAUACUUUUCUUUUUUGCUUUGUUUUCUCUGUGCUUAUUUCUAAUGCUACUCCACGUUCCAUAUCACUUGUUUAAAUAUUCAGGUUCUUUGGAUGCCUUAUGUUGCCUUAUUCCCCUAGUGUAAAGUUGUCAUUAUCCUCAGUGUUCCCCAUCAUCUUCGUUCUGGGUUAAAUCAUCUGUUUACUGUAGCCCAUGUUGUCCUCUUUUUUGGCUCAUUCUCUUGUAUUUGAAGAGCUUGUGUUCCAGGAGCAUCCUGAGAAGUGUAUCUAUGAGAAGUAAAGUUUUGAAACUUUGCAUCAUUAUUCUGCCUUCAGCACUUUUAGGGUAAUUUGGUUGGGCACAGAAUUCUAGAAUGGUAGUCAUUUUUUUCUUUGAGGAUUUUGAAAGAUACUGCUCUAUUGCAUCCAGCUCAAAAGUUCAAAGCUCUUUUGCUUUCUGAUUUAUUUAUUCAUGUAAUAAAAUAUUUAUUCAACCUGUACUAUGUGUCAGGCAGUUUGAAGUGUUUGGGACACAUCAUUGAACCAGACAAAUUCUUACCUUUCAGGUGGAGGAGGCAGGCUAUAACAGCAAACAUAAUAAGUAAUUGUAUAGCCUGGCCUGAUAGAAGGUAAUACAGUUUGACAACAAUAGAGUCAAAAUGGAGGAAGGGAAGGGAGGAGGAAGAGAGGAGGAAACAGGUAAGGAUUAGAUGAAGGGGUCAGUGGCAGAGUGCUCCUCACUUUUAAAUAGAGGGGACAGGGUGGGCCUCAUUGAGAAGGUAACAUACAAGCAAAGAUUAGAAGGAGGUGAAAGAGCUAGUCAUGUAGAUAUCCAGGAAAAGAGUAUUUUAAGGAAGAGGCCCAAAGGAGCAACAUAGUCAUAUGAAACAAGUAGCCCAGUACAGUGAGGGAGAAGUGGGAGAUGAAGUCAAAGAUUAAUGGGGACGCACCAUCCUAUUAUGUAGGGCCUCAUAAGCUGUUGUAGGAUUUUAUCUGUUACCCAAAUAUGGGAAGUUUUAAUGGAUUUUCCUGAUUGCUUUGCUCAGAACAUACUGGGGUGUCGGGGUGAGAGACAAGGAGGGAAGCAGGGAGACUGGUUAGAAGGAUAUUGCAGUAAUCCGGUUGAGGGAUAAUGGUGGCUUACAAUGUGUGGUAGUGGUAGAAGUGGUGAGGAGUGGUUGAAUUCUGGAUUUAUUUUUCAAGGUCCAGUAAGAUUUUCUGCUGAUUUUAGGUAUGUGGUAUGUAAAGAAGACUCAGUAAUGACUUAAGGCUUUUGGACGGAGUAACUGGGAGAAGAAAAGGAGUUAAGUUAGCAAGACCCCCUGUAGGGCUCUCUUUUUUGGCCACACCCAUGGCAUAUGGAAGUUUCUGGGCCAGGAAUUGAAUCUGAACUACAGCUGCCACAACGCCAGAUCCUUAACCCACUGCUCUGGGCCUGUGAUCAAACCCACACUGCCAAAGAGACAACACUGGAUCCUUAACUCCCUAUGCCAGAGUAGGAACUCCUGUUUGUUUUAAAAUCUGGACUGGAGAUAAAAAUUUUGAAGUCCAUGGCAAUAGCAGUGGAAUUUUAAAAAUACAAGACUAAAUGAGAUGACCAAUGUGAAGAAAAGCGGGCCGUGGACAACUCCAAAUUUCAAGAGUAUUGGGAGAAGAGCAGGAAUCAAUAAAGGAAGCUGAGGAGGAACCAGUGAGAUGGGAAAACCAAGAGUGUGUGGAGUGAUUGGACAAAGUUAACCAGGCAGGCGCCAGUGAUCCAUCAACUCUGUCAUGUUGGUGACAGUUCAAAACUUACAAAUUAAAUACACACAAAACUACAAAGCCAGUAAGACUCAAAUUAUAUUAGGUUAUGACAGUAUUCAAUACUGUGUCCUAAAUUGAGGUCUUCAACAUGAGUUAUGGAAUUGACUGUUACACUGUAGGUUCUUUUGGGGUUGAGCAUACCAGAAUUAUCCCAUAUGUUGUGGUCACUGCAUGAUGCAUUUUCUUACCAAUGUAUAAAUGCUUCAGGGAAAACUAUGAUGUCAUUUGGGCUUUGCGUCACACAAACGCAUCAUUUAUAUAUUAGGUCUCCUUUAGCUCAUCUGUUUUUUAGAUGUAUUAAACAAUUCUUGUGAAGGGUGUAAGAUUUAUGUCUAGCUUUUUUUUUUUUUUUGGUAGUUGUUCCAGCACUGUCCAACUGUUAGUUGAAGGCUGUCUUUUCUUUAUUGCCCUUUGCACCUUUGUCAAAGAUCAGCAUAGUGUUAUUUUAAAAUGUCACUUAAAGUGAUUUUUAAAUCUCAGUUGUGAAUUCACUCUCUUCAAGAUUACAUCAAGCAACAGAUUAUUUAUAUAUACAUAUAUAUACACAUAUUCUACUUGAAGGGUCAUCAGGGAUGAAUGAGUUCUGGUUGUAUACAUGUGCUGCUGCUUUUUGAAAUCCUUCAUACUGUUGUACUUGAUUUAUUCAUUCCUUCCAGAAAAAUUUGAGUACCUGGGUUGGGCUGGGUACUGUCCUAGGUGCUGGAGAACAGAAGCAUGAGCAAAACAAACAAGGUCUAUUCUCUUGAAGUUUUUGUUGUUGUGUAGAGGUUCUGAACCAAAAGUUAGUGAUUCAGGAAUCCUGAGAGUUCCCAUGACCCUUUGAGGGUCAGAACUUUUUCUUCACAGUAAUGAGACAUGAGAGUUAAGUGGAGGUUCUCUGAGGUGUGUGGUAUCUUCACAGACUAAUUGCAGAAGCAGAUAAUGAAUACACAACUAUUCUAUUGUAUCAAAUAUUAGAAAGAUUUACAAAAAUGUAAAACAUAGACACUCUUCUCUAUUAUGAAAAAUAGUUAUUUUCAUAAAUUCAUAAAUUAACAUGUAAUAGAUUUUUACAUGUUAUAUAAAAAUGUGAUAAUAAAAGUUCUUGGCUUGAAUUUCUAGUGUUAUAGAUAUUAAUACAUAUAAACCACAUUGACCUAAUGCUCUUUUGGGGUCCUCAAUUUUGUAAAACUUUAAAGCAGUAAAGGCAAACUUUUUCUUAAAGGACUUAGUCACAGAGUCAGCUUUUCAACUCGAUCCUUGAAUGCAGUCAUAGAUAGAUUGUAAUUGAAUGGGCUUAACUGUGGUCCAAAAAAACUGCUUAUAAAAACAGGCAAGUGGCCCACAGCUGUAGUUUGCCAACCAUUGGUGUAAAGGGUUUCUGAUACCAAAAAAAGUUGAGAAUUGUUAUUAUCAGUGAAAAGCUGGUAUUGUGGGGAGGGAAAAGGGAGAAAAUUCACAAUAAAUAAUUUAGCAGGAGAUUUUCCUAUGACAAGAAAUAAGACAGCAAGAGAUAAUAUGAAGACAGUAAAAAGGGUGAUCUGGUUUUAGAUAAAUGAUCAGGUAAGCCUUCUCUAGGGAACAGACUUUAGUUAACUCUUAUUUGUUUAGGACUUAACCAGUUUUUAUCUCCCUUUGUUGAUCUUUCUUGGCUGCAUUUGUUUAUUUUGAAUUAUAUUAGACUUAAAUUGCGAAAAGGUAAUUUUUCAGGUUGAAUAGCCAAAGCAUAUCUGCUUAGCAUAUCUGCUUAGCAUAUUGCCUAAUUAGAACAUUGACCUGAUUUAUAUGACAUUUAGCAAGUUACCUCUCUGUAUCAUUUUUCUCUUCUGAAAAUGAGAGUGUUGGUUAAGAUCUUUUCUAAGUGUAAAAUUUUUGAUAAUGUCUGUUUGCUUUGCCUAGGAUGCCAUUUGCCACCCCUUCUAAGUCUGUCUUCAUCAGAUAACUCUAACUUAAAAAAAAAAGAAACUAGUUCUGUGAUCUGAAAUAUUUACUUUAUUUGGAACUCUCUUUUCUUAUAAGUCAGGGGAUAAAUGCCUAACCUGGAAGCUUAUUGAGUUGGUUAAUAAAUUAGAGCAUAUGUAAGCCAUGGAGUUGUUGACAUACAUGAUGCACACAUAUGCUUAUUAAUACUUGGGGCAGCUGUUUUAUUAGUGAGACUGGAGGAAAGUCCCUACUCUGCCUCAGUAUUUAGCUUGCUGACCCUGGAAGCUAUUUAGAUUAUGGUAGUAAGAACAAAACCACCAACCAACAAUGAAGCUCUGAUGAGGGACAUGAAAAUUAAACAUGAAUACAUAGGUUAAGGAAGUAAAAGAGCAAUGCAAUCUGGGUAUGUGGCCAUUCCAACUACAGGGAAAGGGAAGGAAGCAGCCAUUCCUGCCAUCAAACUGUGUUCCCUUGGAGUUCCCGUUGUGGCACAGUGGUUAACGAAUCUGACUAGGAACCAUGAGGUUGCGGGUUCACUCCCUGGUCUUGCUCAGUGGGUUAAGGAUGCGGCAUUGCCAUGAGCUGUGGUGUAGGUUGAAGACGCGGCUCGAUCCUGCGUUGCUGUGGCUCUGGCGUAGGCCAGUGGCUACAGCUCCGAUUCGACCCCUGGCCUGGGAACCUCCAUAUGCAGCGGGAGCGGGCCUAGAAAAGGCAAAAAGAGAAAAAAAACCAAAAAACCAAAAAGCUGUGUUCCCUUGUUGGAGAUUGAGGGUAUCUAAAUAAUUAAAUGCUUUAGCAUAUCAGGUUAUAGGUAAUUUAGGCAAAACCAAAUUUAUGAAUUAGAGCUUGAGUUCUCUUGGAAUGCAGUGCAAAACAAAAAUCAGAAUUAUGAGAAAAAAAUGAAGGUAGAUCCAAGAGAGUCAGUAUCAGAAUUGAUGUAAAGAGAAGAACUGAGCAGAUGGUAAGCGUCAAAAAACAAUUAGAAGAGAAGUCCACAGAGGUAAAAGUAAAAGACUUGAGUCUUUGGUAUUGAAAGUAGUCACCUGUUGUUUGGCAAGUGCUGAUGGAAUAUAUCUAGAUGUUCUGGUGAAGAUUUUUUCCAAAGAAAAGUCCCAGAAGCCACCUAUCAGGGUAGAAAAGUUUACUUGCAAAGGAAUGAGAAUAAAAAUGACAUUAGAUUUUUUUCAUCUGCAUCAUGACAGACAUGAAGACAGCAGAAUUUACAUAGUUCUUAGGGGUAAAGGGUGUGACUAGAUUUCUAAGCUUGUGAAUUUAUGUAAGAGCUUUAGAUUGCUAAGACUGAGACUCAGUGACUUGUAUGCCCUUUUUGAAAACUUUCCUGAAGUACAGUGGCCAUACCAAAAUGUGAAUCAUAAUUAAAAGAUUCAGAGAGUUCCGAUUGUGGUGCAGCAGAAACAAAUCCGACUAGUGUCCAUAAGGAUGGGGGUUCGAUCCCUGGCCUUGCUCAGUGGUUUGGGGAUCUUGCGUUGCGGUGAGCUGUGGAUUCGGUUGCAGAGGUGGCUCAGAUUCGACCCCUAGCCUCAGAAUUUCCAUAUGCCACAGGUGCGGCCCUAAAAAAAGGAAAAAGAAGAAAAAUCUAAAGAUGGAUAUUUGCCUAAUGGUGCAGUUGUGAGAAAUGAAGCCAGAAUGGUUGCAGUUAGGUUUAAAUUAUUGUUUUGACAAAGUUUUGAAGUUAGUAUAAUCUUGAACAUGGCAGGUAAGAAAGGGAAAGUUUCACUAUUAGCUUGUGAAAGGGUUUGCCUUGUUUUGGUAGAAUGUUAAUACUUUCAUUCUUGUUAAUGUAGAUUCAGUAUGAAAUAAAAUAACUAGUAUAAUAAAAUUAGGGUAUAGAAUCAUUUUGUCCAAUAGAACCUUCUGGAGCAAUGAAGAUUUGGUGGUACUGUUUUGCAUUCCCACUAGCAGAGUUGAGAGUUUCAUGUCUUUGACAUCUUAAACAGGCAUCUCUCUCCUACUUUCCAUCUCAGUAACAUAGUUCAGUAUCUAGCAUAGUGCCUAAAUGGGUUCUGGUUAAGUAUGUACUGUUUUUUGUUUGUUUUUUAAACCAGGUGUAAAAACCUCAGAACAGUGAUUUAGGCAGUAAAAAAGCGAAUGUACUUUGCUUUACACAUUUAAGUAAUGGUUUGCAUUUUCCUUUUCAUUGACUGUCAUCACCUUUGUUCAGACUUGUUUUUACAGGCCUUCUAUGAGGUCUUUUGUCCUUGGCUUUCCCCACUUCAGAUCAUCACUCUUACUGGACAUAUAACUCUUACUCUGUAGCUGCAAUGUUUUCUGAAUUAUUUUUAGGAAAAUAAGAGCUUUUAGGACAAUACUGUGUACAAUUUUUAAUUCCCAUUACUUUGGUACAGUUCUGGGAACUAAGAAUAAUUUGCUUUUUUUUUUCUUGGCCUUUAUUGUCUUAUAACCAAGUUUGAUUUUUGACUUUUGGCAUUUUAAGCUCAACUGUUGAAUUUUUAAGGAGACUUGCCUAAGUUUUAACUUUGUGUGUGAGAAAAAAAUCUUAAAAUAGAAGCAUAUAAAACCGUAGCAUUUUAUUUAACUCAUUGGUUCUCUAAUACAGAAAGCAAAUCCCUAAUCUGAACAUUUAUUUUAUAAUAAAUAUUGCUCUGGCAUUUCUUGAAAUAAUUUUUGAAGAAGAGGGGUUGCUAUAAGUUGCAUCAUUUUUUAAACUAAAUUAAUUUGAAUUUACUUAUUUUGACCAAUUGUUUUUAUAAUUUUCAGUUACACUAAUCUUUAUAAAGCAGUUUCUUUAUUGUCCUCUUUGAAGGAAAUACAUCUAAAAAUCACCAGUAUCCUACCACUCACAUAACUAACAUUGGUUAUUUUCUGGUGUAUAGUCUUCCUCAUUUCUUAUACUUUCAUCCCAGAAAAAUCAUGUAUGUUCUGUUUGUAAAUUGCUUUACCAAUACACCCUUCUUCCUUGUCUGACACUAUUUCUCCUUUUUAAACUUUUUUUUGGAUAGGAAACUAUCAGCUUCCUGUUGCUGCUCUAAGAUAACAUUUCCACAGGUUCAGAGGCAGACACUAGGAUGCAGACAUCUUUGGGGGAGGAGGCAUUAUUGCAGGCCACAGAACAUUUGUUAACUGCUUAAGAAAAUGAAAAGCCCAACAUUGUCUCUUGAUUAGAGUAGUCAGGCAUAAGGUUAUGAUGAAUCAGAGAAAUUCGUCUUCGGUCAUUUAUAAUAGGAAACAAAGCUUCCCAUAUCAAAUCGAGAAAAGUUUUAAGUCCAUUUACUCUAAGUUUGUUAAAAUGGCCAAGUAAUGGUUAAAUGCUCUGAAAUUAAGGCAACAUAAAGGCUGAUUCUAAAAUGUUUUUUGAUUUAGAUUAAAAUCUAGUUAAACUUUAUACCAAAUGAGACUUGAGAUGUAGGCUUUAGAAAGGGUAGGUAAUUGGUAAAUUUUGCGUUUUUGCUAACUUUGGAUUCCAUGGGCUUGUCUUAGUGUAAUGUAGUUUUUGUGAAAAAUUUCCUUCCUUGUAAAACCCAUUUAAAUAAAUAAUCUAUCUAGACAUUUUACUAUAUUGUGCUAAAAAUUAAAUGACAGUUAAUCUUUGGUAUACUUGGUCUCUAGUUGGUGACCUCAGGCAAGGCAGGUUAACUUUUGGAAUUAUGUAAGUGAAUACUUCCAUAUUUUGGAAUCUGUACCACCUGUAAUGUACGUAAUUUACCCAUCUCCCUUAAUCCAUGUAAAAGCAUGCAAGGCUGGCAGUACUGUUCUGAUUUUACAGUUGAGUAGGUGGUGAAAGCUGGGUUUGAAUCCCAGUGUAGAUGACUCCGGAACUCUUCCAUUUUUACUGUCGUGACUGACUUACUGAGAAAUGUGUCCAUAGAUUAAUGGUUUUCAGACAGUGUUGUAAGCUUCAAUACAGGUCCUUUGGAAGUUGGAGGAAAAAAACUUUUUAGUUUGAGGAAUUUGUCAUCCUUUUUACUUGUUUUACAAAUUUGGACUCUGUCUUCAUACUGUUUGGAAAGAGUUUUUCUGCCUAAAACAUUUAAAAGUCUUCUACUUUAGAAACCCAACACCUAGCUAGAGUGAAUAUGUAUUAAAAAAUAAAGACAUUGGUAAUAAUAAUUUAGAUUUGUCCGUGGACAGAUUAUAUUUUCAGUUAUGUUUCAGUUCCUAAUGAUGUUUUGUCUAAUAUCAAAAUGAGACUGAGGUGACUGAAUACUAUUAAUAGGAUGGGGAAGUGAUUUGAAUUAAAAUUUUAUGCUGAAAAUGGACAAUCUACAAUUUACACAGGGUUCACUCUCCACUACAAGCUCUUGCUCCCUUUAAAGGCUGCCCUAAGCGUGAUGUAAUGACAGGUUAAACCUCUGAAUGCUGGAGCUGACGCAAUGAGAAUCUGAGGCCCAGGACUUUAUUGGGACAAGGGUAAUGCUUGUUUAAAAACAAAACAAGCUAUUUUGUUUAAUGAGGGCGUUUAAGAUGGCUUUCCCAGAGUGGGAAGAGAAUAAAAUCUCAAUUUGGACGUUGAAGUAGAAGUUUAAUAUGGUUAUGUGUUUACGACUCUCACUGCGACGGCUUCUCGAAUCGAGAAAGGAAGUUUGAAAUAAGGUGCUGACGGCGGUAAAAAUGGAGAAGUGAGUUAGAAUUGAGGAAAUAAGGUAGUUGACAUCUGAUAAAUAGUUAAUGAAGUAGACAAAUGCUUUUGCUAUAUAAAAAUCCGGAGUUUGCACGGUUAACUGGCAGAGUAUAGAGCAGAGAAGAGUGCUUGUCUGGCCACGUAUUUUCCAUAUAUUCUAUGUAGCGCUAUGAAACCACCCCAAAUUGCGAUAUCCGACUGUUUGGGCCUACUGAAACGGAGUGUUUCCACCUCACGUAAGCCGGUGGAAAAGCUGAGGCGUGCGAAAUGAGCCGUCAGACUGCAACAGCAUUACCUACUGGAACCUCAAAGUGUACACCGUCCCAGAGGGUGCCUGCGCUGACUGGCACAACCGCGUCCAACAAUGACUUGGCGAGUCUUUUUGAGUGUCCGGUCUGCUUUGACUAUGUGUUACCACCCAUUCUUCAGUGUCAGAGUGGCCAUCUUGUUUGUAGCAACUGUCGCCCAAAGCUCACAUGUUGUCCAACUUGCCGGGGCCCGUUGGGAUCCAUUCGCAACUUGGCUAUGGAGAAAGUGGCCAAUUCAGUACUUUUCCCUUGUAAAUAUGCCUCUUCUGGAUGUGAAAUAACUCUGCCGCACACAGAAAAAGCAGACCAUGAAGAGCUCUGUGAGUUUAGGCCUUAUUCCUGUCCGUGCCCUGGUGCUUCCUGUAAAUGGCAAGGCUCUUUGGAUGCUGUAAUGCCGCAUCUGAUGCAUCAGCAUAAGUCCAUUACAACCCUACAGGGAGAGGAUAUAGUUUUCCUUGCUACAGACAUUAAUCUUCCUGGUGCUGUUGACUGGGUGAUGAUGCAGUCCUGUUUUGGCUUUCACUUCAUGUUAGUUUUGGAGAAACAGGAAAAAUACGAUGGUCACCAGCAAUUCUUUGCAAUUGUACAGCUGAUAGGAACACGCAAGCAAGCUGAAAAUUUUGCUUAUCGACUUGAGCUAAAUGGUCAUAGGCGGCGAUUGACUUGGGAAGCCACUCCUCGAUCUAUUCAUGAGGGAAUUGCAACAGCCAUUAUGAAUAGUGACUGCUUAGUCUUUGACACCAGCAUUGCACAGCUUUUUGCAGAAAAUGGCAAUUUAGGCAUCAAUGUAACUAUUUCCAUGUGUUGAAAUGGCAAUCAAACAUCUUCUGGCCAGUGUUUAAAACCGUUGCAUUCAGUUUCACAGAGAAUAAGGCACCCAUCUGCCUACCAAGCUGAAACUUUUGGUAGGUGGAGGCCAAACACAUGAAGGUAAAUAAAAGGAAAGGCUGUUAAAUACAGGAAACAGUUGCAUGUAGUAACACUAAUAUAUUUAAAAAUAAGUCAACAGUAAACCACUGAAAAAAUAUAUAUAUAUACACCCAAGAUGGGCAUCUUUUGUAUUAAGAAAGGAAGCAUUGUAAAAUAAUUCUGGGAAUUUGUGUUUGUUGUAGAUUGAGUGUACUGUUGGAAAAUACUGAGUUGUGUUUUUUUUUUUUUGCGCGCGCAUGCGCGAGCGUAUGUGUGUGUGUGAGAGAGAGAGAGAGAGAGAGAGAGAGAGAGAGAGAGAGAGAGAAUGAGUGUGUCUGUGAGUUUUUUUUUUUUUUUUUUUUUUCCUUUAACUGACAAGCCAUGUUGAGUGGUCUUGGACCACUGCUUUUCCCCUAUGUGAGUCAAUACAUAGUGCUGCUGUGUGUGUAUAUUUUUGUGUGUGUAUUUGCUAAUUUUUAUUAAUUCUAGUUUUUCAUUAAAUAAAUUUGACUUUCUUUUCUGUAAUUCAGGUUUUUCCUCACUUUUUUUUGGUACCUUUUUAAAGUUAGUGUCUUUUUGAUAUGCAUAAUUGUUUAUGGUAAAGUUUAUACAUACAUAUGUGUUCAAUACAUAUUUUCCCCCAUUAAUCAGUUCAUUAGAAAUAUUUUAAAUUCAACCAUUUUGUGAAGAUAUGAGCUCCAGAAAGGAAAGGUGACACCUGAAGAAUUAUCAGAAGCUAUUUAAAGCAACUGUAAGAUGGUUUUUCUCUCUUUUUCUCCAGUUGAGUCAUACCUUCAAACUACUCUUUGAAAGGUUAGGGAAUACUGAUUUUUUUAAAUACUGGAAGAAAAAUCAGGCUCACCCCCUCCCCCCCAAAUAUCUUGGACAAAUCACAUAUGUUUAAAAUUCGUUCUUGUAUUUAUUGGUUUUGCAAAAGAAGGCAUCGUCUUACACAGUAUUUGUAAUUAAAAGCAAAUCAUUUGUUUUAAAAAAAAGGCAGUUUGCAAAAAAAAAUGUUUUUGGUCUUUUAUAAUUCUCAUUAAAAGAAUAUCUGGCAAAUUAAAAAA